AUGUCGGUUGAUCCACUCACUUCUUUUCUGAGCCAAAUGCAGCUCGAUGAUUUUGCUGUGGCGGAUGAAAAGGAGAACAAAUCACCGGAGAUUCAAACGGAAAGCCCAAAAAAUACGUUCCCAAUCCGUAAGACUGAUGGAAAGUUGGUAUUCGACGAGCCUCUUUUCAACUGUCUGGUUUGCGGGCAUGGUGUUCCAGUUCUCGAAUGGAGACAUCGCCAGGAGUGCUUCUAUUCGGAAGAUAACUACCAGUGCCCGUUCUGUGAUCGCAGACGUCGUCCAAACAGAAUUGAAGAUCACAUGAACGAGUGUGCCCGUAAACGGAAGAUCUCGCCUCUCAAGAGAGACAAGGCCAUCUACUCUCGUCGUUUCUCAUCCCAAGCCAUUGAAAAAAUUAUGGUCGAAGCCAGGAAGAAUGUUCUUGAAGGAUACAAAACGUCACUGAAGUCUGGAGAAGCACUUUUGAUUUGUGAGACUCUGGAGCGUCACGAAGGAGAGCUUACUGUAGAAGAGGAGCAAUUCAAGAAAGAAGCCUUGCUCUCCUUCAACUCUGAGAUCCUGCCUCAUUUCGAAAGUUACCUCGCAGUCUUGAAGGACGAGCGGAUUGAAGACAAGGUUGACUUGUUUGAGUCCAGAUGGCUUCGAGAGCGUCCAGACGAGCCAUAUGACGAGAGCGCAGGAGAGAGACUCGCAGAACGUACUGGCCAGAAGUGCGACAGGGACAAUGAAGUGUUCAAGAAGGAGAAACUCGUUGAGAUCGAGAAGAUCAUCAACCGACACGUUAAGAUUCUGGCCAAGGAGAUGGCGGCGGCUCGUUUGGAGCUGGCUGAUAAGAUCUGA